AUGUCUCAUCGAGGUGGCGGUGAUAUUUCAUCAAACACAGUUAAUGAACCACAAUCUGAUCCACCGAAUCCGGAAAAGGAGAACGAAAUGACAGGCGAGGAUCUAUUCCGUAUAAAAAGUGCAGUGACAAGCUCGGCAGGUGCAAGCGAUACUGCAGACCAAUCAGUUAUCUCUUUGGCGGAUUCAGCGAGCAAUUUUGAUGAGCAUGUCGGUGAUGAGUUUGAUGAAGUAGAAACAGUGGAAACCGGAGACAGUGAAACUGCUGAUUUACAGUUGGGAAUGCAUUAUAGCUGA